AUGGACAUAAACAAUGCGUUUCUCCACGGUGAUCUUGAUGAAGAAGUUUACAUGGUGCUUCCCCCUGGUUUUCAAGCAAAAAAGCUUAAUCAGGUUUGCAAAUUAACAAGGUCUCUUUGUGGACUAAAGCAGGCAAGUUGGCAGCGAAACUCAAAAUUAACUACUGCUCUGCUAAGCUAUGGUUUUAAACAAUCAAGUGCUAAUCCCUCUCUCUUUACAAGAGGCAAUGGUGAUCAAUUCAUUGCCCUCUUGGUCAGUGUUGAUGACAUAUUGGUGGCAAGUGGAAUGAUGGCUCUUAUACAAGAAUUGAAGAACUCACCGAAUGCAGCUUUUAAAAUUAAGGACUUGGGGUCCCUAGGCUAUUUUCUCGGCAUGGAAGCAAAGAUCAGUGACAAUGGUUUGAAUAUUUGCCAAAGGAAAUAUGCACUGGAUAUACCCAAUGAUACAGGGUUUCUUGACUGCAAACCAAUAAACACUCCCAUGAUGCCAGGCUCUCUCUUAUCCAGUAAUGAUGGUACACCUCUGAGUGAUCCAAGCAGCUACCAGAGGUUGAUAGGAAGAUUGGUGUACCUUACAGCCACUAGGCCCGAAAUUACGUAUGAUGUACAUCAUCUAAGCCAGUUCGUGAGUGCCCCCACGGACAGACACAUGGCUGCGUCUCACCGCAUACUCUGCUAUAUAAAAUCAUCUCCAAGACAGGGCCAAUUCUACCCAACAUCGAAUAGUACCCUCAGCCUCAAAGAGUUUUUUGAUUAUGAUUGGGCAUCAUGUACUGAAACACGCAAGUCUGUAACGGGAUUCUGCAUCUUUCUUGGCACCUCUCUUGUUUUAUGGCGAUCAAAAAACACAAGUAACUGUAUCCAAGUCUUCAUCCGAGGCAGAAUACCGCGCCCUUGCUACGAUAGCGUGUGA